UCGUUGACCGGCGGACAUUGAAUCAUCGACGAAGAAGGCGGCGAUAACGGCCCCGAGCCCGCCUGGCUGACGCAGUUAUUCGGCAUCUGGCGCGGCGGAGUAAUAGUUAACUGCGCCGGACUUUGCGCUUCGUGCUCGCUGCUAUACAAGGUUUGUGUUUGUAGUGCAGAUUACAGAUGUUGCCUCGUGCGCGCCGCUGUCUAGUUCCUCGAGGAUGAGCGUUUUCUGACCUAAAGCAGGCUUGUAAGAAAAGUGCUUGUAUAGAAAUGGCGGACGUGGUCGUGAAGAGGUUCGUGCAGAUGUGUAAUUAUCUCCAGGACCCCCGCCAUGUAGCCAGGUUUCAACAUCUCUGCGGGGUCAGGGGGACGUUUCCGGAGAAACGGACCAAGCCGGACAGAGGAAGUCCGGACUCGGACCGUCCCGGACUGAGGAGGAGGAACCAAAGCUCAGAUGAAGGAGUUGGGUCCGGAGCCGGAGAAGAUGCCGCCGUGCAGCAGGUUAACGGUCUGCAGGGCGCCGAGCCCGGCAAGCCGGGUGCCCUGUCAGAGGGAACCUCCAGCAGAGCCAAGCCCCUCCGGAGGAACUCCCUGACCGGGGAUGUGGGUCAGGAGUUCCUGAUCCACAACAAGAUCCUCUUCUACCUGUUCACGUUUGGGACCGAGCUGGGCAACGAGAUGUUCUUCAUCAUCUUCUUCCCCUUCCUCCUGUGGAACAUUGAUGCCCUGGUGAGCAGGAGGCUCAUCGUGGUAUGGGCCUGGAACCUGUUUGUGGGACAGUCCACCAAAGACAUGGUCCGCUGGUCUCGGCCGGCUUCCCCGCCUGUGGUGAAGGUGGAGGUCUUCUACAACACGGAGUACAGCAUGCCCUCCACUCACGCCAUGACGGGGACGGCCAUCCCCUUCUGCCUCUUCAUGCUGACCUACGGCCGAUGGCAGUACCCCUUCCUGUUGGGCUUCAGCGUGGCUCUGAGCUGGAGCGUCUUAGUCUGCGUGAGCCGAGUCUACAUGGGCAUGCACUCUAUUCUGGAAGUAAUCACUGGCUUCCUGUACAGCCUUCUGGUUCUUGCCUUCUUCUGUCCGCUCUUGCACAAGAUUGACAGCUACUACAUGAUGGGACAGUAUUCGCCGCUUGUGGUUCUCGUGUCGCACGUCAGCCUGGGACUCGUGGCCUUCUCUCUGGAUUCGUGGAGCACCUCUCGGGGCGACACAGCUCAAGCUCUGGGCACGGCGGCGGGUGCUGCGCUGGCCUCCCACAUGAACUAUCAGCUGGGUCUGCUGCAAGACCCGCCGCUGUCCUCACUUCCUCUGACUCUGCCGGCCCUCAGUGCUGGCUUGGUGCUGCGCUCCCUGCUGCGUUUCCUCAUCGGAGUCGCCGUCCUCCUCCUCACCAGAAUGAUGAUGAAGGCGGUGACCAUUCCUUUCCUGUGCCGGCUGUUUGGGUUUCCGGCGGACGAGGUCAGACAAGCGCGGCAGCAGAUGAGGGUCGAGCUGCCGUAUCGUUACAUUGUCUACAGCGUGGUGGGCUUCAGUUGUGUCUUCUUUGUGCCUCAGCUCUUUAUCAUCUUCAACCUAGCAUGAAUCAUGUCUUCCUGAAGUGCACUGUGUCUUGGAAACAUGCUACCACUUUUGAUAAACAGACAGUUUAGUUUUUGCAUGAUCACAGUGGAAUCAGACGUUAAACGAGAUGCAUCAAUCUCUGUAUUUUCUUUGCCAAAGCCGGCCCAGUUUCAGAAAACAGUUUGACAACGACUUCUGCACAUACAGAAGUGGUGUUAUGAAUACACUAAAGUAUCAUGUAUUAGUGCAGGACUGAGAACGGCACCAUUCCGAUGUUCUUCUAUGGUUUGUUUUAUCAGCUUGUCUGCAUUGGAAAAGAAGAUUCCAGCUGUAUCAGGAAAGGAAGAAUGUGCAGGAUUUUCAUGUGGAAAAGGCAACAUGGCAGUUAAGGUGUUAUCUGUCCAAGCUUUUGAAAAAAAAAAAAAUCAUGUUUUAUUUACUUCAGGUGCAAAAUAGUAGGAAGGGAAACGUUUAUUUUAAUAGGAAAAAAACGGUCAAACGGACGCUGCAUCUCAGACUCUACAGACCUCAGCCAGCAGGUGAAUCCAACUAAUGCAUGUUUGGAAGCUUCUCAAAAGACACAUUUUACUCUGUAAAGAUGCAUCUUAGCAUUUCUGAAACAUCAAAACCAAACUUAACAGAGAAAGACAAAACCUGGAUCCCAUUGCAGUGAUGUUCUGUGAUUUGUUUUGCACAGACUGGGACCUGGAGAGGUUGCAGUCUCGGAUUUGAGGUUCGCCGUUUAAACCAAAGUAAUGUUUGUGUCAAAUGUGAGGCUCGAUGUGGGUCAAUAGAUCCACUAGUUACCGCAGAGGGUCUGAAAACUAAACUUUUACAAAUACAAAAGCAUUGCUUGAACUUAUCAACGGAACUUUUCUGUUCACCAAAAUAAACUUUUUGGUUAGAUUUCUCUGCUACAAGUAACAGAUUGUAUAACCACUUAUCUUCUUUCAUAUGUAUUAAAACAAUCAGGUGUAUUUUAAAAAAAAUUGGCCUAACAGAUCAGUUAUUUUUGUUUUUGUAUACACUCAGCAUCACUCUGUCUCCUAUCCCACGUUGGCUGCACUCUGAAAUUGUAUUGUGAACAAAGAGAUUUAAGAAAAACAAUUAUAUUUGAUAAAUUGUUGUUUUGCUUUAAUUAUUUUCGUUCUAAAUUGUUGCUAGAGAUAAUAUUUAAACACUGUAAAUGAGUUUUUCUUAUGAACAUUUGUACUCCUGAAAACGUACAAGAUGUCUGUGAUUAUAGUGACUGUGUGAUUUGUGUUUCAGUAUUGAUUAAUAUUAAACUCAGAAUACCCUUUCUCCUUUUUGGGAGGCCAAAAGUUAAAUAAGUCUUUAUCAUUGCUCUGAUUUAUUGUUAUCCUUGUACAAAACAUGACAAAUAUUUUUACUAUUUUUUUUUUCUUCUUGCAAAUAAAUACCACUUGUGUUAUAUCAUAAAAUAACAUCUUUGUUUGAAAUCUCUAUGAAUAACAUUUUUGGAGUCUUAGCUGAAUUGAUAUAUAUUACUAAGAAAAAAAGUUGUUUCAAUUGUUAUGUUAAAUAAAAACACUUAAAAAA